UGUGGUGUUUUAAGCCCAGCUACACUCACGAAGAAGAAAAGUAAACAACUGAGGCGGAUGUUGGUGUUCUAGCUCAAAAUGAACGGUAACCAUUUUUUGAGCCGCUUUGACGGCCAGUCGAAGUUGUUGGUCCGGUCAUUGCUCUCUGGAGUCUCCGGUGCCCACAGGGCGCUGGAUGUCUUCCGGAGGCAGCAGCGGGCUAAUCCCGAAUUGUCGUCGUGGACCAACUUGGUAGACACGCUUUGUCGAGACGAAGUCGUCUACCCAGGGACGGAUGGACGACCUCUUACAGUCAAAGCCCUGGUGUGCCUGUUUCCUGCAUUGUUCAAACAAAACCUGCUGACGUUCAUCUACCUGAUCCACUCGCUUCUUCCCAAAGCUGCUGUUCUCCGUCUACUUCAGUGCCUCAGUCAGGACAGCAGCCCUAGUCCUUGGGUUAGUGCGUUGACGAGACAACUGGAGAGAAAUCUGGGCUCCCUCAAUAAGGAGCACCUGUUUACUCCAGUAUGCCGUGGCAGACUUGAGAAGCUUUCCCAGCGAUUGGGUGGAGACACUGCAGGGUGGGCUGAGUGCUUCAGCAUUGAAACAGAGGAAUCUCAGAAUACGCCUUGUUUGUUGGAGUUGGGGAAACAAAAGAAAAGGAAGGGUAACUUUGAUAUUCUGGAUUCAGAUGAGGAAAUAUUGCAGCAGAGCAAGCGAUUGAAGAUAGAGGAAAGUAGAAGUGGGCACGUGAAUGCAGAGAAAGUGAGAGAGGAGGGAUUGGAUGCAGAGGAACCAGCACAGGAAAGCACUCAGGAUCAUCUGCCUAACGACAUGAAGGUGGCAGAAAAAUUGGAAGGGGAUGCUCCAAGUGAGGUGACUGCACAGGACAACAGCUGUGAUUCUCUACCUGAACAUAUCAUGGCACCUGCUCUCCAAAUAAAGGAAUUGCUGGAAAGCCAGACAGAGUGGGACCAGAGCUCGACAGAUGUGUUUCAAGUGUUUAAUGACUGUGACCCCAAACAAGUGGAGGUGCUCUGUUCCAUGCUGAAUUUGUCUGACAUAGCAGAGCAGACUCUGCCUAAACUUUGCAGCAGCCUACUGGCUCUCUCGCCUGACCUCAGCUUCAGCACGGCAGCGAUGCUCAUCAAGAGCCUCCUGCUGCAGAGGGUCCUGUCCCUCACAGAGCCAGCUUCCAGAUGCCUGGUGACCGUGGUGAUGUCACUCUGCAGCCGCUACACUAGAUCAAUGUGCCACGCUUUGAUUGGACCGCUUCUCCAAGAUGAGAGUUUAGGGAAUGCCCAAGCUGAGCUGCUCAACAAGCUGAUAGAAGGCUGUCUUGAUUCCCACUACACACUUCUUGUGCUUCAAAUGACGUUCAAAAUAUCAUGGAGUGAGCCAGUGCUUUCUAUUAUUCACAGCUUGCUGGACUCCAAGCCUGAUAUAAAUGAAGAACUGUUCACCCAGCUGACUGCCCAGUUGGUUUGCCAGGGUCCUCGAUUCAUAAAGUCUAUGAAGUUUGCCAAAAUGUUGUUGACUAUCCUCACAAAGUAUGCCAGCUUUGUGAAGCCUCCAAACAAACAAUCCUUAUCUGAGUGCUUGAUGAUCCAUGAGACAUUCUUAAAAAAGUCUCUCCAAGCAGCAUUGAAAAGAAUCCCAUAAAUAUGUGUACAGUUUUCAAUACACAUAUUGUUAUUGUAGUGAAUAUUUACUAUUUUUGUCUACAGGUCAAUGUACAGUUCAGACAUCCAUCCAUCCGUUUUCUACCGCUUGUCCAUUUUGGGUCGCUCGGGGUGCUGUAGCCUAUCACAGCUGCACACGGACGGAAGAUGGGGUACACCCUGGACAAGUUGCCACCUCAUUCAUCGUUAUUACGACUGUGAUGGUUAGAUACAAGAAGGACAUUGAUGUUACCUGCAUCCAGAGACUGUUUACCACCUGUUUUGGACUUGUGAAAGCACUCGAUCACUAUAUCAAGGCAUCUGUCGUUUCAUCUUGGACAAUAUUUAUGACAAAAUUUGUACUUUGUCUUAAAGAUGUGCUAUUUGGAUUUACACAGUAUGAGAAAAAAUGUGAAGAGGAAUUUUUCCUUUGCAACCUCUGGCUAAGUUUUAUAUUCAUAAAUGUAAGUUUCUCAAUACCCAACCUGUUAUUUGUGCCAUUAAAAAAAGAGUUAGAACUUUACUUUAAAAUGCUAUCUAUCUCUAACAACCAACAAGCUGUGAAAACUAUGAUGCUAUGCUCCAAAUUUAAACUAUUUACAGCACUUGUGUGAGCCUAUAACAUUGUACUAUAAUUACUUUAUUGUAUUAACAACAUUCUGGUAGUGUUUUAGACUUGUUUUCAUAUGUUUG